AUGAAGAUACCAGAUGAUCUAUAACGCGAGGAAGAAGAGAUCUAAUCUGAAGAUCAAGACAAUCGUUCUCAAUUCAGAAGUCCUCCCAAAUCACCUCACAGAAAAUUAGAAAGAGCUACUAAAUUGAAAUUCAUCAAUUUUGUUACCUUAAAAAAGCCACUCAAAUAUACGAGUGAUUAAAUAACCAAUAGGAAACGUACAAGUUCUAAAAGAAGGAAACCAUAAACAGAGUAAAAACCAAAAAUAAUCGUAUGUAAUUGUAAGAAAUCCAAAUGUCUUAAAUUAUAUUGUGAUUGCUUUACAGCUGGUGUAACAUGUGGCAAGGAUUGCAAUUGCUGUUCUUGUCAUAAUAAUGAUGAACAUCCAAAAGAAAGAGAAAUUGUUAUCAAAUAGAUUAUGGAAAGAAAUCCGUCUGCAUUUCGCCCGAAGGUUGAAUCCAAAAGCAACUCAGAAGAUGAAUAAGAUCACAAACCAAGACAUUUUAAAGGAUGCAAUUGUAAAAAAUCAAAUUGGUCUAAAAAAAUAUUGUGAAUGUUAUUAAAUGGGAGUCAAGUGUUCUGAAUUAUGUAAGUGUGAUGAAUGUAAAAAUUGUGAAAUGCCUGUUAAAAAGGAUUCAAGAAAAAGGAUAAAACAUGUCCAUUAAAAUUUUAAAAAUACUGAAAUCUAUUGAUUUAUUGAUUUCAGUUUUUGGGCUUUUUUCAAUAUUACACUAUUCAUUCUUUUAA